AUUAUCAAAUUGAUGUUUUUGGGAAACUUGUCAAGAGAUUCCAUUGCGUCUUCCUUAUUGAAAACUAUUAGUACAAACAACAAUGGUCAUAAAAAGACAACACCUUUAAAGGGUUCAACAAAACAAACACCGACAAGUUGUUCUACGAAUACAGAGUCUUUAUGGAACUAUAGCGAUGUUUUUGGUCAGGAAUGGGAGGAAGGUUUAGGCACUGCUCAUCGAGUUUUUGCAGAAGAUAGACGCACAACACCAGUCACAGGUCUAUCUCAAGGGAAACUCAGAGAGCCUAACAAGGAGAAGCCAACAAAACCUAGUGUUCCCAAGAAAGGCUCUGAAGGAACUACCUUUGCCGUGGAAAACUCACCCAUUUCUCGCCAAAAAGUAGGCUACACAACUGAGCGGGUUUCUCAGAAGUCAUCUUUUAAGGAGGAGUUGGAAGCAUGGAGACACCGUAGUGUGCAGUCUAUAUCUUCAGAGUCGAAAGGAUUUGUACGUGAACCGCUGGAUAUUACUGUUGUGUCAAAGUGGCCAAAAAAACGAGGUUACAAUAAUGACUUGGCUCAUAGAAAUGAUAAAAAGGAAGCGAAGAAGAUAGACAAGGAAUCAAGUGAAGAAGAAGAAAACAGAGUGCUCGAAUAGCAGCAAAGGAGGAUGCGGAAGAAUAUCGAAGAGAACAAGAAAGAAAGCGUAAAAAGC